GCCCAAAACUUUUCCGGAGCAUCGUACGGGUAAAAUAGCGCUUUGCGCAAACAUAGGCAAAGAGGCACCCUCCACGCCCCGGUUCGUCCGGCUCGGGCAGCCCCCGCCGCCUCAUUAGCCCCGGGCUCUGCUGCGAGACUAUUGGAGACGCCAUGGCAGCCCCCGCCUACUCCAAGGAGGAGAUCAGCGCCCUGCGUGGCAUCUUUGCCCUCUACGACCCCGACGGCACGGGCGAGAUCUCGUCCGCGGACCUCGAGAGCCUCUUACAGAAGAUCGGCCUCAAGCAGGAGGCCGCGCGCGAGCUCAUCGAGCGCUUCGACGUGACCGAGCCGACGACCGUCGACUUCGCAAAAUUCCUGGAGCUCGUCAAGGCGGGCCAGCCGGACCAGCCCGGCGAGGAGCCCGACCCCAAGGUCCUGGAAUUCCUGCGCAUCCUCGAGCAGUACCGGCGCAAGUGCGAGAAGGAGGGCAACUACCUCGAGGCGGACCGCGCGCACCAGCAGCUCGAGAUGCUGCGGAAGCAGGAGGAGAAGCGCCAGCAGAAGGCCGUGCGCGCGCGGCAGAUCGCGGAGCGGCAGGACGUGCAGAUCGCCCACAACAUGCAGUACACGGACUUCAACGCGAGCUGGGACAAGUACCUCGCCGAGUACGACCGCAUGGCCCAGAUUUACAUCCAGCAGAUGACGGAGCGCCACGCGACGAACUUACUGGAAUUCCAGCGCAAGCUCCAGUCCGAGAUGGCCGAGCGGCCGCCGAAGUGGUCCCGCGAGCUCCUCGAGUGGCGGCGGCGGCAGCACAUGCUCGCGCGCCAGAAGAACUACGCCGAGGCCCAGCGCAUCAAGAAGAUCGCCGACAAACUCGAGGACAAGGAGCGCAAGUCCUGCGAGAACAUGAGCGGCGGCGCGUUCUCGCGCAAGGACGGCCAGUUCCGCAACCAGCAGCAGGCCGAGCUCCAGGCGCUCCUCAAGCGCAUCGACGCGCGGCGCAAGGAGCACCUCAAACAAAGGACCUUGGACUCGAAGCGGCUCCUGCAGCGGAACCGCAACGUGCAGGCCGUCCUCGAGUCGAAGCAGGCCGCGGAGUCGUCGGCCACCUUCAUGGAGAUCCGCAAGAACCUCAUGCAGUCGACGACGCAAGUGGCGGCCCGCUAAGAU